ACUAUUAAUAGUAAUGUCUGGCGAAGAUCGGGAUCGAGAGCAGCUGCGUCUCUUUGUGUCCGCCAGCAGAAGGCGUCUGCACGACCUCCUGAAACGCCUGCACUGGAGCGAGGAGGGGGUGCUCGGGGCAAGUCACAGCAGCCGAAGUCGGCAGAAGGAACCUGGCCUAAGAGUGUCCUUUGUGCUUCCGCAGGGACACCAGUCGUCAACCGAUGAGGGACUCGCAUCUGAGACUUUGGAGCAACUUCCCGCCUCCUGCUGCACCAAUUCCGCUUUUAGCCUCCAGCUAGACAGCACGGAUAUCCAGCGCAUUGUGGGAAAGGGCAGCCCCGUCCAUCCCUGCUCCUUCGAUGAUCUGCAGGCAGGGCUCAAUGCCAGCCAAAGACUCCUGAUCUAUGAGCACGUCCUGCAGCACACCGCCAAGCACCCAGAGUUCCAAGACAAUGCCGCCUUCGCCGAGCUGGUGGGCGAAACUAAGAGGGAGCGGAAGAAGCAGCGUCGCCAUCGCAAGAGCAAACCCACGCUCAAUGAGGAGCUGCAGCAGUUGGUCGAUCUGCAGAUGCAGGCGCUGCAGAGGCAAAGGCAACGCGAGCAGGAUCACAAGGAGAGGCAUCGGGAGCACAAGGAUCAUAAGGAGCGGCACAAGGAGCACCAUCAGAAGCAUAAUGAGCGCCAUCAGGAGCACAAGGAGCAUAGGGAAAGGCACCAGCAGCAUAGGGAGCAUCAUCAGGAGCACAUUGAGCGGCACAAGGAGCAAAACCGCAGCCGGAAACGAAGCCGGAGCAGUAGUCGCAGCCCAGAUAGGCACCGCCAUGGACACAGACAUCGCGAGCAGCAGGAGCACCGCAGGCAGCACUACGGGAAACAUAGAUACCACACUUCUGACCAUUAGAGCGGCUUCUAAACGAGCUCCUGGAGAACAGCAGGGAGUAAGGCCACAACAGUCGCUUGG